AAUCAUUUUUUUUUUUUUCAAUGACAACUUGCUGUUUUGUUGUCCGAACAGCAAGUUAAAAAUGAACAAAUUAGGUGUGUGUGUUCAGACAGUCAUUUGCUGACAUGGCUACGCUAGUUGUCAUAGUAACGACGGGGUCUUUGGUGUCGUCUGAUUGGUGGUGGUGCUCGUGCUUCCCAUCACUCAGAAGUUAUGUAACAACCUAAGGUGAUGACAACAAUGUGUCGUCAUGGAAGUUUCCCAGUUGCUUUGAAAGUUCAAAAUCAUAGUGUAAAAACACUUUUAAAGCCUCAAAGGACAAAAGAUGAUCCAACUUUCAAAACAAAUCCUUUUUGGUUAUCCACAGCAGUUAACUAGCUAGUUAGGUAGAUGUUUAGCUUUUUAGAACAUUCACUAAUUUGUUUUGUAAACAACCUAGUUAGUUACCACAUGUUCUUGUCAAACUGUCAACAGAGUAGCUAGCUAGCAUCAAGAUAUGCCAAAUAACAAUUGAGGGCACAUGAAAAAGCCAUGACUGGGAAGAUGGCUUGAAAUAUCAGAUUCCAUGUACUUUUUGGCUGUUUAGACUGCAGGAAAAAGAACAGAUUAGAAUUGGAUAUGCAAAUAAAUUGUAUUUGAGUCACUUCAAACUGCCAGUGUGAACUGGGCUUUAGUGUCAAAAGUGUUCCUGAGCUGCCAGCUCUCACGGCUCUCUGAUUCAGAGACGGACAGACUUCCUCACCUGGGCCCAACAAACAGAUUUCUAGAGAGAUUUCCUGCAGAUGUACAUUUGACUGCCAGGAGCCGUUGUAUGAAUGCGUGUGAAUGAGUGUUGACUGUGUAAAUACAACAUGUUGUAUUGCUGAGGUUUGCUGUAUAGUGGGGACUCUUGACUAUAUAAAUAUCAUGUCAUUGUUUUAGCCAAAAGCAUGAUUUUUUAAGAACCUGUUUCUUGUCCCCUUUUCUUUACAGAAUGCCCAGUGAUAUCAUUUAUGAAACUAAUAAAGUACUGAUGCGAUGUUG